AUCUGAUUGGCUGAGGAGCGCACUCAGCGCUGAGUAAAGCAAAGGAUGCCAGAGUGCUCAGGCAGUGCAUGGACGGAUGCAGACAGGGGGACGACGGCGAGAGACCGGGCACACACACGCACACGCACACGUUGUUGUUUUAUGAUACUGCUACUUUAAACUUUAAAGUGCUAUUUCACUGCGCGGGCGCGAGUAAAGUGUGAUGUUUUGGCUGCGUGUUGUAAAAUCCCUCUCGCCACCACCGACGCAUCCUCUCAGGGAGUGAUGGGUUCUAAGUUGACCAGACGGAGAAGUCUCGAUCUGGAAACAAAAGUGUCCAAGAGGAGACGCCAGAGGAAUGACAACCAGGGAGAGAGCGAGAGAAGCGGCGGCAGAGACUUCUUGUUUACCUCUUUGAUGCUCAAGUCCGACAAGCUCCCGGGGAUGCAGCGCAAAAACAACCACAGCCCAUAUGUCGGACGGGUGGCGUGGAUCCGGGAAAUCCAGACGCUGCUCCGGGACCAGAGGAUGGAGCAAGCGGCCGAAGUGCUCAAACUGCUGAGAAAGGAUUUGGGACUCCAGGGAACGUCACUCAACGAAAUUUUGUACAAGAACGCAGCUUUUCUCAACCUGGUGGACCCCAUUUCUCACGAGCUGCUGCUCAGUCUCGCCCGGGACCUGCAGUGUCCAAAAAGGGAAACCGACUCAUUCAAGUCCACUAACAAGAUCUGCCGCCAGCUGAUUUACCACCUGACCCCUCACUCCAAGUGGACGAGACAGAGCGUGCCCAGGAGGAAGUCUCAGGCCUGUCUGAAGACCACCCUGAAGAAGAAACUGUCCGGUGAUGUCGUCAACCUGUCAGGCAUCCCGCUGUCUGGCCGAGACGUCCACCGCGUGGCCUUCUACCUCCAGAGUAGCAGUGACGCCAUGUCGGCUGUGGACCUGAGCUUCACCGAGCUGCAGGACGAGAGCUUGCGGCUGCUGCUGCCCCACCUCGGCUGCCUGCCGAAACUGACCACACUAGCCCUCAAUGGCAACCGUCUGACGAUGGCCAUCCUGAAAGACCUGACGGAUGCGGUGAAGGAUCCUAAGAAGUUCCCCAGCCUGGCCUGGGUCGACCUGGGCAACAAUGUGGAUAUCUUCACCGUGCCGCAGCCGCUGCUUGUGGCCCUGCGGCGUCGCUUCGGCUUACGCAGCAGCCUCCCCACCAUUUAUGAGUACAAGGAGGCGCAGGCGUUCAGGGGCUACAACCCAAACAUGGAGACGUCUGUGGAGGAGCCCAGUCUGUACGAGGAGGGAGACGGAGAGAAAGAUGACAAAGAGGAGGAGGAGGAGGACAGGCUGGAGCUUCGGGCCUGGGGCUGUGGAGAAGAAAACGCCUCAAAAAAUGUGCCACUGCACUUCUGUGGGAGGUGAUCGCCCAGAGCUGCCCCUUAUAUCCCCCAGUAUCACCUUAUAAUAACUUCCAAAUAAGUAACUGUGUUGUAUGUCCCUCUGGAUACUCCACCUACACUCAGCCAUGUGAUGCAGGCCGCUCCGUGGUUACACUAAGAAGUUAUCCGAGGAUGAGUUAACCGUCACUUAUCCAGGAGAAGUUGAACUGAACGUGUUUGCCGUUUCCCAGCGCUUUAUGUUCCUAACGUUUUGUGCUCUCACACCUUGAUGCUUCCCAUUAUUUGCUAUUUUCCACUGGGGGUUAAGUGCCUUGCACAAGGGCACCUCAACAGAAUCGCUCGAGGAAGGGGGGGAGCGUUAUUAAUUCACAUUCCCCGAGCACAUUUAUCCAGCUGGUCCCUCCGACAACGUCACCCCUCCUGCCCCAUUUCUGUGGCUGUCAGAAUAAGUCACAGUAACUAAAUAUCCUACUGACAUUUUCGUUAUGAUGCAUAAGUUUUAUAGUCACAACUCAACUGCAGUGAGAUUAUGUUCACAUAAAAGAUGCUUCCAUUUUGUUUUCUGUUGGGACACGGUAUCUAUUCAGGAAUUAUUGUCAAAUAAAUGGCGGGUAAGUAAAUGACACAUACUGAAUCAAUUUGAAUUUAAACUUCCAGCGUUAGUGUUGCUAUAAGUGCUGCAGCUGUGUAGAGAACAACCUCAGGCAGAUACACACAACACACACACAGUGUUUGGGCAGGAGCUGCCGAUGAACUGAUUACUGCCUCUUAUCAGGUCUUGUUAGGCCCCUUUAGUCACAGAUGGUGAGCAGAGGAUCUAUUUUUUCCUCAGCAAAUAGGACUUGCCCCAGAUUAUGUAGUCCACCGUUGGCUUGUGUAUGAUUCUAUUUGUGAAUCAGACCACAAGUCUCGAGAAAGAUGCCCACUCGUUUUUUUAAAAAGGCGCACUCAGACAAUGAAGCGAUUACAAACAGAUCUGCUUUUAUCUUUUCUUCUGUGGUGCUACAGCGUGCACAUGAAUCUUUGUUGUGGCAUGAGUAAACUGCAACAGUUAGUUUUUGACUAGUCUUCUUUUUUAAUUAUAGAUGUAUAGCUCUCAUCCUUUUGUAUUAUUUUAGAACCAUGGGCAUGACUGUUUACUGUAGCGCAACAUAACACAGACAGAGAGCAUGUUUACACGUACAUUAAUGUUUCAUUCAAUUUGAGAUUCUUCUUGGGGGGGAUUCGAUAAACAUCUGCUGCAUGUGAACACAACUGCCCACUUUAUCCUGCCUACAGAUGUUAAUGUGGACUGUCCUCUUUCCGUGCUAUUAUUCAGGAAAUUCUGUUUGUUUACAGGGAUAUUAAUGAGCUGUGUGUGUGUGUGUGUG